AUGCCUCCGACGGAGAAGUCUUUCGAAGGACCUACCGCACAAGCAGGGCCACAUGUUCAUACUCACGCGGCGCCACACGACUUGCUCGACGCGGUCGAGCAAGGAACUGUGCAGGUGGAUGAAUCCAAGAUCAUGCGAGGUUGGACUUUGCAACUAGAGCGUCUUCUUGGAGUUGAAACUCGCGGCAUCGAGAGAGUUCCGGAGAGCGACAGGCCGGCACAAGCCUCUCUGGCCGACUUCGUCCAGAUUAUGCUGAUCUGGUUCUCGGCCAAUUUAACACUGAACAAUUUGGCUCUGGGAUUAUUGGGACCCCUGGUGUACUAUGUUGGCCUCAAAGAUGCCAUGUUGAUAGGGGCGUUUGGCUCGAUUGCCGGGUCCAUACCGACCGCAUACAUCUCGACGUUUGGACCCAUGAGUGGAAAUCGAACAUUGGUUUUCGCACGUUACACCAUGGGUUGGUGGCCUUCGAAAUUGACGGUGCUUUUAAACAUGGUCAUUAUGCUCGGCUACGGUCUUGUCGACUGCUUGAUCGCUGGCCAACUUCUCUCCGCAGUCGCCAAUGGUUCAAUGACGGUGAUUGUCGGAACGAUUAUCGCGGCCAUUAUUUCGCUCGUCGUCGCACUGUUCGGCAUCAAAAUCUUCCACAUUUAUGAACGUUACGCAUUCAUCCCACAACUGCUUGUCUUAUUCAUCCUGAUAGGAGUCGCUGGGCCAAAAUUCAAUGCUGGCAGCCAAACCAGUGGGCCGAGCGAAGUGGCAAUCGCUGAUAAGGUUAGCUUUUUCUUCCUAACGGUGUCGGGUCCAAUCGCGUGGUCGCCUGCAGCUUGCGACUUCUUUGUCUAUUUCCCUCCCAGCUGUUCCAGAUGGGCCGUUUUUGCCAGCACCCUCAUUGGGCUGGGUAUCAGCACGCUCUUCAUGGUUCUCCUGGGCGUCGGCCUCGGCAGUGGUGCUCUAGUGGACACUCAGUGGGCAAACGCCUACGAUGUCUCCGCUGGUGCCUUGGUGGUCGAAAGCCUUAGUCCACUGGGCACAUUUGGAAAUUUUUGCGCCGUCAUUCUCUCGCUGGGAUUGAUCGCGAACAACAUUCCUGGCACAUACUCUGCGGCCUUAGGCUUUCAACUGCUUGGUCGGUGGUUCCGCCUUGUUCCCCGCUGGUUCUGGGUCAUUGUUUCAGUUAUCAUCUACACCAUCUGCGCCUGCGUGGGACGUAAUCACUUGUUCGACAUCUUCGAGGACUUCCUGGCGCUGAUGGGGUACUGGACCAUCAUGUGGACCACGAUGACUCUGGAGGAACAAUUGAUCUUCCGAAGGAAGACUGGUUAUAAUUGGGAUGACUGGAACAAGCCUUCGCGUCUGCCUCUCGGCAUUGCGGCCUGUACUGCAUUCUGCAUUGGAUGGGUCGGUGCUGUUCUCUGCAUGUGGCAGGUAUACUUUACAGGACCAAUUGCUAAAUUGGUCGGAGAUGGAAUCGAUCUUGGAUUUCCUGUCUCGGCAGCGUGGUCAGGAAUGUUCUAUCCGCCCUUGCGAUACCUCGAACUGAAAUACUUCAAAAGAUGA